AUGGUACCUCAAGGGGAUCCGAGAGUACCUGUUGGCUUCGGGACUAGAGAGACACAGAAUAUAGGUGUUGUAUCAGAAUUUCAAGUUGGUCAGCAGUUUCAAGAUAAAGAAGAAGUCGUGUUAAGCGUGAAGACUUAUAGCAUUUGCUGUGGGGUUGAGUACAAGGUAUUUGAAUCCGAUAAUUUCAAGUACUAUGGCAAGUGCAAGGAGUUCGGCAGUGGGUGCAUAUGGCUCAUUCAGGUUAGCCUCCAGCAGCGUAGAGCCACAUCGAUAUCUAGUGAGCACAGGAAGCUUGAUUAUCAUGUUAUAUCGGCCUUCAUACUUCCCAUGAUUAGAGCUGAUGCCACCGUCUCGAUUAAGGUACUACAGAAUGCCACGGAUGCACACUUCGAGUUCAGGAGGGUUUGGAUGGCUAAACAGAAAGCCGUGGCCCAGAUUUAUGGAGAUUGGAAGGAGUCAUACAAUGACUUGCCACGAUGGGUAUUGGGUGUUCAGAUCACGAUGCCAGGUAGUGUUGCGGUGUUAAAGACGAGUCCUGUGCGAGUUAGUGGACAAUUGGAUGACUCUUCAGCUUAUUGGACAUUCCCACCGUGUAUUGAGACAUUCCGUCAUUACAAGCCGUUGGUAAGUAUGGACGGUACCCACCUGUAUGGAAAAUGCGGCGGUACACUGUUGGUCACGAUUGCGCAGGACGGAAACUCCAACAUCAUUCCUAUUGCAUUUGCACUUGAGGAGGGGGAGAAUACAAAGUUGUGGUCAUUCAUUCUAUUUCACCUGCGGCAACAUGUGACACCUCAUCCGGGUAUACUCGUCAUAUCAGACAGGCACAACUGGAUAAAGGUUGCAUUGGAAGCUUCCGACGGUGGCUGGCUUCUGCUUACUGUAUAUAGGGCUUUUUGCAUCCGACACGUGGCUGCGAAUUUCACGCUGAGUUUCAAGGGCAAGGAUGCACGGAGGUUAUUAGUGAAUGCUGCUUAUGACAAGACCGAGGUCAAGUUUCACUACUGGUUUGACAUUCUCCAUGCUGAAGAUCCUGCUAUGCGCAACUGGACUAAUCGGAUUGACUAUGCACAUUGGACCCAACAUCAGGACGAAGGUCAGAGAUUUGAGCACAUGACUACGAAUAUAUCUAAGUGUGUGAACUCAAUACUGAAGGGUCUGAGGAACCUUCCAGUCUGUGCGCUGGUGAAGGCCACUUAUGGGAGAUUGGCCGAGCUAUUCAUUCAGAAAGGCAGAGAUGCCGAGGCACAGUUAGGAACAGAGCAGCAGUUUAGUCAGUAUCUUAUUAAGGUGAUCGAAGCAAAUCUAAAUUCCUCAAGGUGUUUCACCGUGACUAUGUACGACAGGGACAACUUAGAGUUUACUGUGGUAGAGAUCACUCCGACAAGGAGUUUUUCACUAGGCACAUACAAAGUAUCCCUCACCGACCAGACAUGUGAUUGUGGCUAUUUUCAGGCACUUCAUUAUCCAUGUCGUUAUGCCUUGGCUUGCUGUGCAUAUGCACGCCUGGCCUGGUUCACCUACGUCCACGAGGUGUAUCGCCUUAGCUUUGUGUUUGAUGUUUAUCGCAUGGGGUUCACACCUCCAGUUCUGGAGGGAUUUUAG